AUUUGCUAAUAUUUACGUGGCUAUCACUAAUGCCACAUGUGCAUGGUGCACAUUUUAACAUUGGAGAUGAACUAAGCAACCUGACAUAAUGGAACACAUGCAUUUAAUUACUCUUAUUUGCACAAUGCCUUUUGAUGAAUCAGGGCCGGGAAUCCGGGCAGGACAGCUCGCUGAUUAUAUUAUUGGGAUGAAGAUCAAGCAAGUGAUGAUACUGCAGCAAAGAAUGUGUUGUCUUCCUCUCCUAUUAUUAUUACUUGUAAUCCAAGACCUAGAAGCAGUGGCCACCGCAUCAGAUCUGGGAACGGACAAACGAGCCCUUCUAGACUUUGCUUCUAGUUUUGGUCAACGCCUCCACGGCCACGGCCGCCGGCGGCAACUGGGGUGGAGCAAGAAAGUCGCUAUGUGCAGGGGAUGGGUUGGUGUGAAAUGCAGCUGGUCACCUGCAGAUGGCGGCGGCGGCGGCAGAGUGGUUGCGCUGGAGCUUCCCGGUUUCAGGCUCCACGGGUCCAUACCGGGAAGGGCAAUGGCAAGACUGGACGCCCUCCAAACGCUGCGCCUCGAGAAUAACUCCCUGACCGGACCCAUCCCGCCCUCCCUCCCCAGAAGCCUCAGCCGCUUGAACCUAAGCAACAACCAUCUCAGCGGCCCCAUUCCUCCGCCUCUCCUCCAACGCUUCCCUCCUUCCUCAUUCGCAGGGAAUCCUUUGCUGCGGCGGAACCAUCACCUUCGAAUCAUCAUGUACAAAGAGCAGCCACCGCACCGUCCACUACGCAGCCGCCGCCGCCGCAUGUCUUCAUCUCGACGAACUACUCUACGCAAUCUUGCUAUUGCUAAACUUGUUUUUGCAAGCAUUGGACUGGUCAUUUGCAUGGCGCUCCUAUGUUUCGGAGUAUUGGUGUGUUGCCACAAUAAAUGCCAUUGUUGGAGGAGGUAUAAAGCUAGAAAUGCGGGCGCCGCCCCCGCCCCCGCCCCCGCCCCUCACAACUAAAACUCUAAAUGUGUACAAGAUUUUAAUAUGAACCGGCCAUGUAUAUUCGUAAGUGUUUAAACAAUCUAAUUCAUAUUAUUAUGGUUGUCUUAAAAACAUGUGAUUAACGUGUUAUAUAUUAAUACAAAAGUUAAA